CUGCCUGCCGGCCGGGCCAGGGUCCGGCUCUCUGCGCCCCGGAGGAGUCGGUGGAGGUGGUGUGCGGCCUAGUCCCAGAGUGCCUAGUGAGAAAUGCAAUGGGAUCAAUAGCAUGUCUAUGGAGAGCGGCCCUGGAACGAGACUGAGAAAUUUGCCAGGAAUGGGGGAUGGACUAGAAACUCCACAAAUGUCUACCACGCAGGCCCAGGCCCAACCCCAGCAAGGCAGUACUGCAGGCAGUAACCCCCCACCCCCUGAGACUUCCAACCCCAACAAGCCCAAGAGACAGACCAACCAACUGCAAUAUCUGCUCAAAGUGGUGCUCAAGACACUAUGGAAACAUCAGUUUGCGUGGCCUUUCCAGCAGCCUGUGGACGCUGUCAAGCUCAACCUCCCUGAUUAUUAUAAGAUUAUUAAAACUCCUAUGGAUAUGGGAACAAUAAGGAAGCGCUUGGAAAAUAACUACUACUGGAAUGCUCACGAAUGUAUCCAGGACUUCAAUACUAUGUUUACAAAUUGUUACAUCUACAAUAAGCCAGGAGAUGACAUAGUCUUAAUGGCGGAAGCUCUAGAGAAGCUCUUCCUGCAGAAAAUCUCUGAAUUGCCCUCAGAAGAAACCGAAAUUGUAAUAGUCCAGGCGAAAGGACGAGGACGUGGGAGGAAAGAAGCAGUAACAGCUAAACCUGGAGCCUCAACGGUACCAAACACAACUCAAGCAUCAACCCCACCCCAGACACAGACCCCACAGCCGAAUCUUCAGCCUGUGCCGACAACUCAUUCCUUUCCCUCCGUCACUCCCGAUCUUAUCGUUCAGACGCCGAUAAUAACAGUGGUGUCUCCCCAGACUCUCCAAACUCCGCCGCCCCCGCCGCCCCCUCCUCCGCCCCCUCCGCCCCCUGCUCCCCAGCCAAUUCAGACCCAUACACCUAUACUCACAACUGCAGCACAGCCCGUGAAGACAAAAAAGGGGGUGAAGAGGAAAGCGGAUACUACCACCCCCACCACCAUGGAUCCCAUUCACGAAUCGCCCUCACUCGCCGCCGAGCCGAAAUCUGCCAAGUUGGGCCCCCGCAGGGAAAGCAGCCGCCCCGUGAAGCCUCCGAAGAAGGACGUCCCCGACUCUCAGCAGCACGUGGCGGAAAAGAGUAACAAGAUAUCAGAGCAGUUGAAGUAUUGCAGCGGCAUCAUCAAGGAGAUGUUUGCCAAGAAGCACGCGGCCUAUGCCUGGCCUUUCUACAAACCUGUGGAUGUGGAAGCCCUGGGACUGCAUGAUUAUUGCGAUAUCAUCAAGCACCCCAUGGACCUGAGCACAAUCAAAUCCAAACUAGAAAACCGGGAAUACAGAGAUGCUCAGGAAUUUGCUGCGGACGUCCGAUUGAUGUUUUCAAAUUGUUACAAGUACAACCCUCCUGACCACGAGGUGGUAGCCAUGGCCCGUAAACUGCAGGAUGUAUUUGAGAUGCGUUUUGCAAAGAUGCCCGAUGAGCCCGAAGAACCAGUUGUAGCCGUGUCCUCUCCUGUGCUGCCGCCCCCCACCAAGGUCGUGGCUCCCCCGUCGUCCAGUGACAGCAGCAGCGACAGCUCCUCCGACAGCGACAGCUCAUCUGACGACUCCGAGGAGGAGCGGGCCCAGCGGCUGGCCGAGCUUCAGGAACAGCUCAAGGCAGUACAUGAGCAGCUUGCUGCUCUCUCCCAGCCUCAACAGAACAAACCAAAGAAAAAGGAGAAAGACAAGAAAGAAAAGAAAAAGGAGAAGCACAAAAAGAAAGAGGACGUCGAGGACAACAAGAAAAGCAAAGUCAAGGAACCACCUCCCAAAAAGGCCAAGAAAAGUAACAACAACAACAACAGUAAUGCCAGUAGUAAGAAGGAGCCCAUGCCAGUGAAGAAUAAGCCCCCUCCUGCCUAUGAGUCAGAGGAGGAAGACAAGUGUAAGCCAAUGUCCUACGAGGAGAAGAGGCAACUGAGCUUGGACAUUAACAAACUUCCCGGAGAGAAACUAGGCCGGGUGGUCCAUAUCAUCCAGUCACGAGAACCCUCGCUGAAAAACUCCAACCCUGAUGAAAUCGAAAUUGACUUUGAGACCUUGAAGCCCUCCACCUUGCGGGAGCUGGAGCGAUAUGUCACCUCGUGUUUGCGGAAAAAGAGGAAACCCCAAGCCGAGAAAGUGGAUGUGAUCGCUGGGUCCUCUAAAAUGAAGGGCUUCUCGUCCUCAGAGUCUGAGAGCACCAGUGAGUCGAGCUCCUCUGACAGCGAAGACUCAGAAACAGAAAUGGCACCAAAAUCUAAGAAGAAGGGGCAUCCUGGGCGGGAGCAGAAGAAGCAUCACCACCACCAUCAGCCAGUGCAGCCGGUGCAGCCGCCUCCACCCCUGCAGCAGCUGCCGCAGCAGCCGCCACCCCCACCUUCGAUGUCUCAGCAGGCGCCGCCACCCCCCAAGUCCUCUCCUCCCCCCUUCAUUGCAGCCCAGGUGGCUGGCCUAGAGCACGCGCUCCCAGGGAAUGUAUUUGAUUCCAUCCCUCACUUCCCCCAGCCCAUCCUGCAUAUCCCCCAGCCUGAGCUGCCUCCUCACCUCCCCCAGCCUCCUGAGCACAGCACUCCACCUCAUCUAAACCAGCAUGCGGUGGUAUCUCCUCCAGCUUUGCACAACGCUCUGCCCCAGCAGCCAUCGAGACCCAGCAACCGAGCCGCCGCCCUGCCUCCCAAACCGACCCGCCCCCCAGCCGUGUCGCCCGCACUCUCCCAGCAGCCCCUUCUCCCUCAGCCACCCCUGCCCCAGCCGCCCCAGGUCCUGCUGGAGGAUGAAGAGUCCCCCGCCCCACCCCUAACCUCAAUCCAGAUGCAGCUGUAUCUGCAGCAGUUGCAGAAGGUGCAGCCGUCCACACCUCUCCUCCCUUCCGUGAAGGUGCAGUCCCAGCCCCCGCCGCCUCUCCCCCCGCCCUCUCAUCCCUCAGUGCCGCAGCUGCAGCAGCACCAGCCCCCACCGCGGCCCGUCCACAUGCCGUUCCCCCCGCAUAUUCAGCAGCAGCAGCCGCCGCCGCCUCCCCCCCAGCAGCCUUCUCACCCACCCCAGGGGCAGCAACCACCCCCACCACAGCCAGCCAAACCUCAGCAAGUCAUUCAGCACCACCCCUCGCCCCGACACCACAAAUCUGACCCCUACUCGACGGGUCACCUGCGGGAAGCCCCGUCCCCUCUCAUGAUACAUUCCCCCCAGAUGCCCCAGUUUCAGGGCCUGGUCCAACAGUCACCGCCUCAGCAGAGCGUCCAGACUAAGAAGCAGGAGCUCCGGGCGGCCUCAGUGGUGCAGCCCCAGCCCCUGGUGGUACAGGUGAAGGAGGAAAAGAUCCACUCACCCAUCAUUCGCCAUGAGCCCUUCAGUCCCUCCCUACGGCAGGAGCCCCCCAAACACCCAGAGGGCAUCAAGGCCCCGGCGCACAUCCCCCAGCGGCCCGACAUGAAGCCACUGGACAGUGGGAGGCCCGUGAUCCGCCCUCCGGAGCAGGGCGGCCCGCCGCCUGGAGGCCAGGACAAAGACAAGCAGAAGCAGGAACCCAAGACCCCUGUCGCUCCCAAAAAGGAUCUGAAGAUCAAGAACAUGGGUUCUUGGGCUAGCCUGGUCCAGAAACAUCCCACCACCCCCUCUUCCACGGCCAAGUCAUCCAGCGACAGCUUUGAGCAGUUCCGCCGGGCCGCGCGGGAGAAGGAAGAGCGCGAGAAGGCGCUCAAGGCUCAGGCGGAGCAAGCGGAGAAGGAGAAGGAGAGACUGCGGAGGGAGCAAGAGAGAAUGCGGAGCCGCGAUGAUGAGGACGCUCUGGAGCAAGCCCGGCGGGUGCACGAGGAGGUGAGGCGGCGCCAAGAGCAUCAUCAUCAGCAGCAGCAGCCGCCGCCACCCCAACAGCAACAGCAGCAGCAAGUGGCUGCAGCAGCCUCUGCUCCCCAAGCACAGAGCUCCCAUCCCCAGGCCUCUCAGUCUAUGCUGGACCACCAGAGAGAGAUGGCCAGGAAACGAGAACAGGAGAGAAGGCGAAGGGAGGCGAUGACAGCUACCAUUGACAUGAAUUUCCAGAGUGAUCUGUUGGCAAUAUUUGAAGAGAAUCUUUUCUGAUAGCGCCUGGGUUUCUUCUGACUCUAUUUUCCGGCAAAACUUUGACUCUUCAUAGUGUUAUCGGCGGCUGGGAGGGGGCGUUCCUGGGGCACGGCCCUCCUGCAUGCUAUGCCCAAUGCCGAUCUUUCAGCUGAGGCUUCGGAAGAUCAGCAGAGUCUGCCUUACAGUUGGACUUCCCUCCACACAACCCCCUCCUCUACCUGCCCUCGCGCCCCUCCCCCAGGUCCCAUCCUGUGCCCUCCCCAUCACACACUGAAGUCAGAUCUGAACCCCCAAGGAACCAGCGCCGGACCAGGUCGUGCUUGGGGGCAAGGCCCUUCUGUAUGCCAAACAUAUUCACAGUAUAUCCAGGACGUCACAUUCUUUGAGUUUUCUGACCAUGAGAGUUCCAAGUUAGUGACCCAUAAGCAGCCCCGUCACUCCUGCGGCAGCCACCUUAGCUCAGGACUAGAAGGCCCUGGGCGUGAGGAGGGGAGCCCUAGAAGUGGGAGUGAGGCCGCCUGGCGCGGGAGGCCAGGGGUAGGAGGGAGGGGGUGUGCUCGGGGCAAACCGGGACCAGUCGCCAGCCAUCUCCGGUCUACCGUCACUGACUCCGCCUUGACCAGAACUCCCCCCCGCAAGCCUUGAGCCCAGAGCCGUUCUCUGUGAGUGUGUUCGCUUGUGAAAAAGGGAAUAAUAGUUCAGUGGAGGUGUGUGUGUCCAUGGCGAUUUUGGAGUGAGGUGGUUGUCGUAGCACGCGUGUAUGUGUGUGGAGGUCUCGCCCUAGCAAUGGGAUUACCAACCAAAGUCAUUUUCUUUCCGCCUCGUUUUUGGUUUUCUCUUUUUUUGUCUUUUUUUUUUUCCUUUCUCUCUUUAAAUUUUUUUUCCUCCCCCCUCCCCCCUCCAGACACAAUGGCACUGCUUAACUCGAAAUGGGUGUUGUCGUCUCUCUUCAUUGAGUGGUGGCGUAGGGGAGCAGGGGGAGCCGCCGCCACACUGUGGGUAGUGUGUGACCGUGGCUGUAUUGUAUAGUGAAUAUAGUUGGCAUAUAUUUGUUUGAGGUUUGUUGGUGAUUUCACCAAACUUGGUGUUUAAAAAAAAGCAAACAAAAAGACAAAACGCAAAAAAAAAUCCUGCUUAUAUUUUACUCAAUUUAAAACUUUUAUUAGUCUAUAUUUUUAAGUGUAAAACCGGAAAGCUGCAUUUUUUUUUUUUUGUUUUGGGUUUUUUAACGUCAAAUCUGUUGUUUUUGUACCUGGGAGGCGCCGUGGCCAGGGUGGGAGCAAGUGUGGGAGCCGACACCACAGCUCACCACUCUCUGCGCUGGCAGCAACCCCACCUCUCAGCCCAGGGCGUUUGUUCUUUCCUUUUUUUUUUUUUUAAUUUUAUAAUUUGAACCCUUCACAAAGGUUAUGUGCCAUGAGUACCCACUAUACAGUACAAUACUGGUGCCUCAGUAUUGGCCAAACUCUGGAGUAAUAACAACUGGUUUGACUUUAAUACGGUGAAUAUGCAUUUGGUCUGUACUGAUCAUGGAAUAAACUCAUCUCUUUUUUUUAAA